CUGGACUUGCAUUAUUUGCAGUACGAAGGUUUUGUAAACCCAACCGCAGACCACUUGGGCCUCUUUCAAGUUUAAACCACUCUCUCUCGCCGGACAGGGAGGACCGUUGGGCGCCAUCUCUCAAUCCUCAACCAACCUUGUUUUCCUCCUCUUCUUCUCUCUCCACAACCCUAAAAAUCUCACUCUGUCACUCAUUCACAGUCACUCUAUACAAAGAUUGUUCUGCCCACUCCUUUUUCAUUUUCCCAAUUGCUGCCGUCGCUUUAUUCUGUGUAAUUGCGUGGUUUUGAAGAAAUAUAAUUUGGUUUUUUGGUAAUACUUGGUGAAAAUGGCGGCUACCCAAUUCAGAGGUGGCGCACUUUCUGGCGGAUUAACCACUAGAGUCAGUGACCAUAUUCCAACAACUAAGAAAGCAAGGUUGUUUAAUUCAUUGAACCAAAGCGAAGCUGGUAAAUUUGGAGCACUAAGUGGUGGGAAGGAUUUGAGCAAUGCCAAUGUUGUGGGGCGCUGUAGUCUGUCUGCUACACACCGAGCACUGUGCUUCCCGCUAUUGACACGUCGCCGAAGACCCUGUUUCCCAGUGGUGGCUAAUCAGUUGAGUUCUGAUGUUGGUGUCGGUUCUUCUGAGGUUAAGGAAAAGUUAGCUUUAGAGGAAGAGCAAGCUCUCAUAAAUGGAGGGAGUGAUGACCUUACCUGUCUAUCGUUGAGCAACAUUCCUAUCAGUCAAACAUAUUCUCCAGAUGUCAAACGUGAGCUGUUGAUGCUUUCUUUACCUGCAAUUUUGGGUCAGGCCAUUGAUCCGUUAGCACAGCUAAUGGAGACUGCUUACAUUGGUAGAUUGGGUUCUGUGGAGUUGGCUUCAGCUGGUAUUUCAAUGAACAUCUUCAAUUAUAUAUCAAAGCUAUUUAAUAUCCCUCUCCUCAGUGUUGCUACAUCUUUUGUUGCUGAAGAUCUUGCAAAGAGUGAAAGUAUAGCUUCUACUUCAGAAAAUGGUUGUCUAGGAGACAUUACUAAUGGUAAACCCAAACGUACUGAUGGAGUAACUGAGAGAAAGCAGCUAUCUUCAGUGUCUACAGCUUUACUAUUAUCAGUGGGGAUUGGGAUUUUUGAGGCCGUAGCCUUGUCUUUGGGAUCUGGAUUGUUUCUGAAUAUGAUGGGCAUAUCGAUGGACUCACCUAUGCGCAUUCCUGCACAACGGUUUCUUUCACUAAGAGCAUUUGGUGCUCCAGCAGUUGUAGCGUCUUUGGCUCUUCAAGGAGUUUUCCGUGGUUUUAAGGAUACAAAGACUCCAGUACUAUGUCUAGGUAUUGGUAAUCUGCUAGCUGCAUUUUUAUUACCCAUCCUUAUGUAUUAUUUUGGUUUGGGUGUAACUGGUGCAGCCCUUUCCACUGUUAUAUCUCAAUACACUGUCACCUUUUUAAUGAUCUGGUUUUUAAAUAAGAGAGCUAUACUAUUGCCUCCAAAGGUGGGAUCAUUGCAAUUUGGUGGAUACAUAAAAUCUGGUGGUUUUCUUCUUGGAAGAACUCUUGCUGUUCUUACUACCUUGACAUUGGGAACAUCAAUGGCUGCUCGUCAAGGUCCAGUAGCUAUGGCUGCUCAUCAGAUAUGUAUACAAGUUUGGUUGGCUGUAUCCCUUCUAACUGAUGCAAUGGCUGCAUCUGGUCAGGCCCUGAUUGCUAGUUAUUUAUCUAAAGGUGAAUACAAAAUUGUGAAAGAAGUUGCUGACUCUGCGUUAAAGAUAGGAUUGUUCACAGGUGUUUCCUUGUCUGUAAUUUUGGGAUUAUCUUUUGGUUCUUUAGCUACUUUGUUCACCAAAGAUCCUGAAGUAUUAGUAAUUGUCAGAUCUGGGAUAUUGUUUGUCAGUGCUAGUCAGCCAUUGAAUGCUCUAGCAUAUGUUUUCGAUGGUCUCCAUUAUGGUGUUUCAGAUUUUGCAUAUGCAGCUCGCUCCAUGAUGGUAGUGGGGGCAAUAUCUUCCGCAGUUUUGCUAUAUGCUCCUUCUAUUCUUGGCCUUCCUGGGGUUUGGUUGGGAUUAACUCUCUUCAUGGGCUUGCGUGCUGUGGCAGGCUAUGCCAGAUUUCUGUCAAAAUCAGGUCCAUGGUGGUUUGUGCACACGGGCAUUCAGAAAGCCCAGCUAGCCAUUUGAGUGUUUCCCAUAAGCUGGAGAGAGGUUUCAGCUGUAAAUCGCGGCUUUGGUUUGGAUUACCAUUCGUAUUAGCCUAUUAAACAUUUUUUAUUCAUUCAUAAUUUUUAGUAGAAAAAAGAACUUAAACAUUACUUAUUAUUCUUGUAAGUUAUUGUUAAUUUGCCUUUUAUUGUGUAUAUUCAAUAAAUAAAAAAUAUUUAUUUCUCUUCG